AUGAGCAAUAGCAGAGAUCGUGGGAGUGAAAGAGAUGCAUCAAACGAUGAGGGUAGGAGUAUUUCUGUGAGCUCCGUUGGUAGUACUAGAGCGAGGAAGAAGAAAAGAUUCGUUGUCCUGAGAUGCAAUUGUGGGAUUCAUGCAAUUCUAUUCCUUUCGUCAACACAGUCGAAUCCUAAUAGGCUAUUCUUUGGAUGCCCAAAUUUCAAGACUGCAGAAUCUCAUUGCAAAUAUUUUCUAUGGCUGGAUGAAUAUGUUUCACAAUUUGAAGAGGAGCAAAUAAAUGAUGACAGUCUUUAUGGUCGGAAUCCAAAGCAAAAUCAUUUGUUGGAUACAACAAUUUCUUUGGAGGAAAAAGUGACAAAGCUAGAGGACAGAGUUUCUGGGUUAGAGUUGUAG